AUUUCUUCUGCUCUGUGUGGGUCUUGAGUGAUUCGCCACAAGUGGUCAGGAUGCAUUUGUACAAUUUAACACUGCAACCUCCUUCUGCAGUGACCCAGGCUAUUGUGGGCAACUUUUCUGGGGUCAGACAACAAGAAAUCAUCGUAUCCCAUGGAACUCGUCUUGAACUUCUACGACCAGAUGUGCAAACCGGGAAGUUGUCUACCGUCAUUGCCACGGACGUGUUUGGCUCCAUCCGUUCUCUCGCUGCUUUUCGGUUGACGGGUGGUACGAAGGACUACGCAAUAGUAGGGUCAGACUCGGGCCGCAUUGUUAUUCUGGAUUAUGAUCCACGUACUUCAAGUUUCGUUAAGCUUCACCAAGAAACUUUUGGAAAAUCCGGUUCGCGGCGUAUUGUUCCUGGUCAAUAUCUUGCUACGGACCCAAAGGGACGCAGUGUCAUGAUAUCUGCGAUGGAAAAAGCCAAGCUCGUGUACAUCCUCAACCGAGAUGCUGCUGCGAACUUAACGAUUUCAUCACCUCUCGAGGCGCACAAAAAUGCAGCAAUUAUUCACCAUAUAGUUGGUCUUGACGUCGGAUUUGAGAACCCCUUAUUUGCUGCUCUGGAAGUUGAUUACACUGAAUCAGACCAGGAUCCAACUGGUGAGGCUUUUAACAACGCCGAAAAAAUGUUAACAUAUUACGAACUUGACCUGGGCCUUAAUCAUGUUGUUAGAAAGUGGAGUGAACCAACCGAUCCCCGGGCUAACCUGCUUGUGCAAGUUCCUGGUGGACAGUUGGCAUCUUCAGAGCGCUUUGAUGGCCCUUCUGGCGUGUUGGUUUGUUGUGAAGACCAUAUUAUAUAUAGACAUAUGGGUGUUCCUCAGCAUCGCAUUCCUAUACCGCGACGACGACAUCCGCUUGAAGAUCCUGAACGAGGCAUUAUUAUCGUAGCCGCUGUGAUGCAUAAAAUGAAGGGUGCUUUCUUCUUCCUUUUGCAAAGCGAAGACGGUGAUCUGUACAAGGUGACCAUCGAGCAUGAAGAUGAUGAAGUGAAAGCAUUAAAAAUCAAGUAUUUUGAUACUGUACCUGUGGCAUCCAGUCUUUGUAUUCUCAAAUCUGGUUUCCUUUUUGUUGCGUCUGAGUUCGGAAAUCAUUAUCUUUACCAAUUUCAAAAAUUAGGUGAUGAUGACAACGAGCCAGAAUUCAGUUCCACGUCUUACCCUUCGUUCGGCAUGGCCGAACCUUCAAUGCCCUUGCCUCAUGCACAUUUUCAUCCUCGUGCUUUAGAUAACCUUGCACUCGCUGACGAAAUGGAAUCAUUAGAUCCAAUACUGGACUCGAAGGUCAUGAAUAUUCUACCCAACUCGGAUACUCCACAAAUUUUUGCCGCCUGUGGGCGUGGGGCACGUAGCUCACUUCGAAUGCUAAGGCAUGGUCUCGAUGUUGAAGAAUCCGUUAGCUCUGAAUUGCCAGGUAUUCCCAAUGCUGUCUGGACUACUAAACGGAAAGAGGACGAUCCCUUCGACUCGUAUAUUAUUCUCUCAUUCGUGAACGGUACUCUCGUCUUGUCUAUUGGCGAAACCAUCGAGGAAGUUCAGGACACUGGUUUCCUUUCGUCUGCUCCGACAUUGGCCGUUCAACAAAUUGGUGCCGAUGCCCUACUGCAGGUACAUCCCCAGGGUAUUCGUCACGUUUUGGCCGACCGACGCGUCAACGAAUGGCGUGUUCCCCAAGGCAAGACUAUAGUCAGUGCGGCAACCAAUAAAAGGCAGGUCGUUGUUGCCCUAAGCUCCGCUGAGCUGGUUUACUUCGAGCUUGACUUGGAUGGACAACUCAACGAGUACCAAGAUCGCAAGGCAAUGGGCUCCACUGUGUUGGCUUUAAGUGUUGGUGAGGUUCCUGAAGGCCGCCAGAGGACUCCUUAUCUUGCUGUUGGGUGUGAGGACCAGACUGUCCGUAUCAUUUCUUUGGACCCUGAGAGUACCCUGGAAACCAUUAGUUUACAAGCUUUAACCGCACCUCCUUCAGCCAUUUGUAUUGCCGAUAUGCUGGACGCGAGUAUCAACAAAACGCAGCCAACUAUGUUUGUGAAUAUCGGCUUACAAAAUGGUGUGUUACUGCGCACGGUACUCGAUCCAAUCAAUGGCCAGUUGACCGACACGAGGACUCGCUUCUUAGGGACAAGGCCCAUACGCUUGGUUCGCGUACAAAUUCAUGGGAAUCCUGCCAUCCUUGCACUUUCAUCAAGAUCCUGGCUUAACUAUACACACCAAAAUCUGAUGCACUUCACACCACUAAUUUUCGAGAACCUUGAUUAUGCAUGGAGUUUUUCUGCAGAGCUCAGUCCAGAAGGGCUUAUUGGUAUCGCCGGUAGUGUAUUACGUAUAUUCCAGAUUCCCAAGCUGGGUACAAAGCUGAAACAAGACACGAUACCUCUUUCAUACACUCCGCGCAAGUUCAUAUCACAUCCAACAAACCGAUAUUUUUACCUCAUUGAAGGUGAUCACCGUGUUCUGGGGGAAGAUGCGGCAGCUAAAAGAUUGGAUGAAAUGAGGCAGAGGGGUAAAAUGGUAGACGAUAAUAUGCUUGAUUUGCCACCUGAAGUCUUUGGUCGACCAAAAGCUCCGGCUGGAACAUGGGCAUCUGCCAUUCGGAUCAUUGACCCUGUUGAGGCCAAAACGCUCAGCAUGAUAACUCUAGAUAGUAACGAGUGUGCUUUUUCUCUUGCUAUUGUGCCAUUUUCCGCUCGUGGAAACGAAUUGCAUCUGGUGGUUGGUACUGCAGCAGAUACAUUCCUUGCUCCUCGGUCAUGUAGUAGUGGAUUUUUGCGAACAUACAAGUUUACAGAGGAUGGUACGGGCUUAGAGUUGCUACAUAAGACUGAAACAGAUGAUGUUCCUCUGGCAUUAAUGGCUUUCCAAGGUCGCCUGGUGGCCGGAGUAGGAAAGGCUCUUAGAAUUUACGAUAUCGGGAAAAAGAAACUUCUACGAAAGGUUGAAAACAAGGCAAGAGCUACUUUUUCCACAGCUAUCGUCACGUUGAACACUCAGGGCUCUCGAAUAAUCGUUGGCGAUAUGCAAGAGUCAAUAUCAUUUGUCGCUUACAAAGCUCCUGAAAAUCGUCUUUUAGUAUUUGCGGACGAUAACCAGCCUAGAUGGAUUACUGCGACGACGAUGGUAGACUACACGACAAUCGCUGCGGGUGACCGCUUUGGCAAUAUUUUUGUCAAUAGGCUUGACCCGAAAGUGUCGGAGCAAGUCGACGACGAUCCUACUGGUGCAGGCAUCCUCCAUGAAAAGGGAUUACUUAUGGGCGCACCUCACAAGACCAAGAUGCUUGCUCAUUUCCACAUUGGUGAUCUUGUUACUUCUAUCAACAAGGUCUCGUUGGUUGCUGGUGGUCGCGAGGUACUGUUGUAUACCGGACUGCACGGCACAAUUGGUAUUCUCGUCCCUUUCGUGUCGAAAGAAGACGUGGACUUUAUUUCAACACUGGAGCAACACAUGCGCACUGAGCAGGGAAGUUUAGUCGGGCGAGACCAGCUUAGUUGGCGAGGCUACUACACGCCAGUCAAGUCGGUGGUCGAUGGUGAUCUUUGCGAGACGUAUGCGCGAUUACCUGGCACAAAGCAGAGCGCUAUUGCUGGUGAACUCGAUCGGACGGUGGGUGAGGUGCUAAAAAAGCUUGAACAACUGCGCGUAACUGCCAGUGGGUUCUAGGUGUUCAUGAAUGUAGAAUCAACUAACUCUGUAUUUUAUUAUUUGUUGUCUGAUGUUGCAUAUAAUAAUGUGAUGUAUGUCGUAGCAUCACAUAUUCGAUCUGUGAUGACGUUUGUUGACCGAU